AAACACAGACAGAGAUCGAGAAUUAACCACUAUGGCUUCCUUGCUGUGUCCAACUUCAGCUACGCUUCAGCAGAAUCAUAGGAUUCUUUGCUUCUCUCCUCUCAAGUCUAUUUCCCAAGUUAACCAUUUUUCCUUCACAAAGAGUCUUAAAAGUACACCAGGAAGAUGCAGUGCGUUCCCAGAUGAUUUGUUGGAGCAGUCUUUGUCUCAAUUCCCCAUCAUCAAAUCCGAGUUGGACACGGUUACCGGUGAACUAACGGAUGUGCAGAAAUGGGGUUUCAUUGUUUUUGCAGGUCUCACAUGGAUUUAUUUGACUGCAAGGCCCGGUGUUCUUGUAGGUGCCAUUGAUGCUUACCUUCUUGCUCCUCUUCAACUAGGAUUUGACAACUUGACUGGCAGGAGGAGCUUGAAGAGGAGUGAUUUUCUGGUUGGGGAUAAGCUGGGGGAAGGGUCUUUUGGUAUUGUUUAUUCUGGUGUGAUUGUUCCCAAGAAUGCUUCACCUGAAGAAAGAGUUCCAAAAAGAGGAAAAGCAAAAACAGCGCUGGUUAAUGAUGAUAGGUUUAAAGAAAAGGUCAUUCUCAAAAAGGUUAAAGUUGGUGUGCAAGGAGCUGAAGAAUUUGGAGAUUAUGAAGAAUGGUUUAAUUACAGGCUUUCAAGAGCAGCCCCUGAGACAUGUGCUGAGUUCCUAGGAAGUUUUGUUGCUGAUCAAAACAAUUCACAGUUCAUCAAGGGUGGGAAGUGGCUUGUUUGGAAAUUUGAGGGAGAUCGCACCCUUGCUGAUUACUUGAAAGAUCGCAGCUUCCCUUUAAACAUAGAGUCUGUCAUGUUUGGACGUGUACUGCAAGGAGUGGAAUCUGUUAAACGGAAUGCAUUGAUCAUCAAGCAAAUAAUGCGACAGAUUAUUACUUCGCUUAAGAAAAUUCAUGACACAGGUAUUGUUCACCGUGAUGUAAAGCCGGCCAACAUCGUGGUGACGAAGCGCGGACGGAUCAAACUCAUAGAUUUUGGGGCAGCAACAGACCUUCGCAUUGGCAAGAACUAUGUGCCAAACCGUACGCUGCUUGAUCCCGACUAUUGUCCCCCUGAGUUAUAUGUCCUACCAGAGGAAACUCCAAGUCCUCCUCCGGAACCAAUUGCUGCUCUUCUUUCUCCGAUCUUGUGGCAGCUCAACAGUCCUGAUCUAUUUGAUAUGUAUUCUGCCGGCAUCGCGCUCCUACAAAUGGCAAUACCUUCCCUAAGAUCAGAAGCAUAUUUAAAGAACUUUAAUUCAGAAAUAAAAGCAGUUCAAUAUGACUUGAACAAAUGGAGGGAGAGAACACGGUUAAGGCCGGAUUUGACAAUCUUGGAUCUUGAGUCUGGUCGAGGAUGGGACCUAGCGACAAAACUGAUUUCACAAAGAGGUUUCCUUAGAAGGGGACGUUUAUCUGCUGCUGCUGCUUGAGGCAUCCUUACUUUUUGUUGGGUGGUGACCAGGCGGCCGCUGUUCUUUCAAAAUUCGGCUUUUAACUAACGUAAUGUGCCUCUGGCGGAGUGAGUAAAUCUUUGCGCUUUCGAGAUACUUCCAUUAUUAUUUCUUUUGAUCCUUGCCAGCCUUCUCCACAAGCUGCUCAAUGCAUUCAAAAUGAACUUACACUUUUGACAUACCCUGCAGCUGUUACAAUUACACCAUUGAUAUUAUUUCUAAUAGCUGAUUCGAUAUCCGAAGUCGUACAUUUUCAUUUUUAAAUUGGAAAUUUGUUUUAUUCAA